AUGGGGGAGCAGAGGAACCGGUGGAACUGGGAGGUGAGCGGCUUCGAGCCGAGGAAGACGACCCCUACGUCGCCGUUCGAGCACGACGACCACAACAGGCUCGCGGCACCACUGGUCCGGAGGUACUCCAUCUCCACUUCAUCGGUCUUGCCCCAUUCGGAUUUUCCCAAGCCCUCGCUCGCCUCCAAGGUCCAGCGCUUGAAGGACAAAGUUCAGCUUGCAAGAGAAGAUUACUUGGAGUUGAGGCAAGAAGCAAAUGAGCUGCAGGAAUACUCUAAUGCAAAACUAGAUCGAGUUACACGUUAUUUAGGUGUUCUUGCUGAGAAAACCCGUAAACUAGAUCAAGUUGCUCUUGAAACUGAGGCCAGAAUUUCCCCUUUGAUCAGUGAGAAGAGAAGGUUGUUUAAUGACUUGUUGACAGCCAAAGGAAAUAUAAAGGUAUUUUGUCGUACAAGACCAUUAUUUGAAGAUGAAGGACCCUCUGUUGUUGAAUUUCCUGAUGAGUGCACUAUCCGUAUUAAUACUGGUGAUGAUACCAAUUUAAUUCCCAAGAAAGACUUUGAAUUUGACAGAGUUUAUGGACCCCAUGUUGGACAAGCUGAACUGUUCAGGGAUGUUCAGCCACUGGUGCAGUCAGCUUUGGAUGGAUAUAAUGUUUCUAUCUUUGCUUAUGGACAAACCCACUCUGGAAAAACACACACAAUGGAAGGAUCUAGUCAUGAUCGUGGUUUAUAUGCCCGCUGUUUUGAGGAGUUGUUUGAUCUAGCCAACUCAGAUUCAACUUCCACAUCUCAAUUCAAAUUCUCUGUCACAGUUUUUGAGCUCUACAAUGAACAGGCUCGAGAUUUGCUUUCGAAACCAGGGGGCAGUUUACAAAAGGUUCUAAUGGGACCACCAGAAUCUUCUAUAGAACUCGUACGGGAAAGAGUUGAUAACCCAUUGGAAUUCUCUAGAAUCUUGAAGGCUGCUUUUCAGAGCCGGGGAGAUGACAUGUCAAAGUUCAAUGUUUCUCACCUGAUCAUCACAGUACAUAUAUAUUAUACCAAUUUGAUUACUGGGGAGAACUCGUGCAGCAAGCUAUCUCUUGUAGAUUUGGCUGGAAGUGAAGGUUCAAUUGGUGAAGAAGACAGUGGGGAGCAUGUGACGGACCUGCUACAUGUUAUGAAAUCACUUUCAGCGUUGGGGGAUGUUUUGUCAUCUUUGACCUCAAAGAAGGAUGUUGUUCCUUAUGAAAAUUCAACACUAACACAAAUACUUGGAGAUUCACUAGGUGGGAGUUCAAAAACUUUGAUGAUUGUUAACCUGUGUCCCAAUGUAAAGAAUUUGUCUGAGACAUUAUCAUCUCUGAAUUUCUCUGCCAGAGCCCGAAAUGCUGUGCUAAGCCUUGGAAAUCGAGAUACAAUAAAAAAAUGGAGAGAUGUUGCAAAUGAUGCCCGUAAAGAGUUGUAUGAAAAGGAAAAGGAGAUCCAAGAUUUGGAACAAGAGGUUUUGGGACUAAAACAAGCUCUAAAAGAUGCAAAUGAUCAGUCUGUCCUGCUCUUCAAUGAAGUUCAGAAGGCGUGGAAAGUUUCUUUUACACUGCAGUCGGAUUUAAAGUUGGAAAAUAUUAUGCUGUUGGAUAAGCAUAAGAUUGAGAAGGAGCAAAAUGCUCAGCUUAGAAAUCAAGUUGCUCAGCUAUUACAGUUGGAGCAAGAUAAAAAAAUGCAGAUACAACAACAAGAGUCGACAAUUCAGACUUUGCAGGCCAAAAUUAGAAGCAUUGAAUCACAACUCAAUGAAGCUCUUCAUCCUACUGAAGCCAGAUCAAAAUCUGGCUCAGAAGGGCCUGGAGUGUUAUCUUCCAAUGCAACUGUGGAUGGCAUAGAUUCUUCAGCAGUGACUGUGACCAAGAAGCUUGAAGAGGAACUCAAAAAACGUGAUGCACUGAUCGAGAGGUUGCAUGAAGAAAAUGAGAAAUUGUUUGAUAGAUUAACAGAGAAAGCAGCUUCACUCGGUUCGGCCCAGGCAUCAAGUCCAUUACCCAGAGGAUCGGUGAACGUUCAGCCUCGGGACCAAGGGAGGAUUGAUAAUAAUAACUAUAAUAAAGGCCGCUCUAUGGAUGCUGUUCCUUUGCCAUUGGUAGCGGAUAAGACAGAUGGCACUCUUGCUUUAGUGAAAUCUGGCUUUGAGAAAGUGAAAACAACGCCAGCAGGAGAGUAUCUUACUGCUGCCUUGAAUGACUUUGAUCCUGAGCAACAUGACAGCCUUGCUGCCAUUUCGGAUGGAGCAAACAAACUUUUGAUGCUGGUUUUGGCCGCAGUAAUUAAGGCAGGUGCCUCUAGAGAGCAUGAAAUACUUGCUGAAAUUAGAGAUUCGGUGUUCUCUUUUAUACGUAAAAUGGAACCAAAGAGGGUAAUGGAUACCAUGCUUGUUUCCCGAGUUAGAAUUUUGUAUAUUAGAUCUCUGCUUGCUAGAUCGCCAGAACUCCAGUCCAUCAAGGUUUCUCCUGUUGAGUGCUUUCUAGAAAAGGGUAAUAGCGGACGCAGUAGGAGCUCCAGCCGGGGUAACAGUCCAGGGAGAUCUCCUGUGCGCUAUGUUGAUGAGCAUAUCCAAGGCUUUAAAGUUAAUCUAAAACCAGAAAAGAAAUCCAAGUUCUCAUCAGUUGUUUUAAAAAUGCGAGGAAUUGAUCAGGAUAGUUGGAGGCAGCAGGUAACUGGUGGAAAGCUUAGGGAAAUACAAGAUGAUGCCAAAAGUUUUGCAAUUGGAAACAAAGCACUUGCUGCUCUUUUUGUCCAUACUCCAGCAGGCGAGCUGCAACGCCAAAUUAGAUCCUGGCUGGCAGAGAACUUUGAGUUUCUGUCUGUUACUGGAGACGAUGCAUUAGGGGGGACAACUGGUCAGUUGGAGCUUCUUUCAACAGCAAUUAUGGAUGGUUGGAUGGCUGGACUUGGUGCUGCGCUGCCCCCUAGUACAGACGCUCUAGGGCAACUUUUAUUUGAGUAUGCAAAGCGGGUCUACACUUCUCAAUUGCAGCACUUGAGGGAUAUUUCUGGUACCUUGGCAACAGAAGAGGCAGAAGAUGCAGCACAAGUCGCUAAGCUGCGUUCAGCUCUGGAAUCUGUUGAUCACAAAAGAAGAAAGCUUUUGCAACAAAUGAGAGGUGAUGUAGCCUUACUGACAUUGGAAGAUGGUGGUUCGCCUAUUCAAAAUCCUUCUACUGCAGCUGAAGAUGCACGAUUAGCAUCUCUUAUUUCCCUUGAUGGCAUAGUGAAGCAAAUCAAGGAUAUAUUGAGGCAAUCCUCUGUAAGCACCCUCAGCAAAAGUAAGAAGAAAGUAUUGCUUGCAUCUUUAGAUGAACUUAUGGAACGGAUGCCUUCCCUUCUUGAUAUUGAUCAUCCAUUUGCUCAGAGGCAAAUUGCUGAUGCUCGUCGUGUGGUUGAGUCAAUUCCUGAAGAAGAUGACAACAUUCCAGAGUUAUCAGACGCUCGUAAAGCAUCUGCCGAUUUGGCUUCUGGUACUGAAAUUGAUGUGGCUCAGUGGAACGUCUUGCAGUUUAACACUGGCUCAACCACCCCAUUUAUAAUUAAGUGUGGGGCAAACUCAAAUUCAGAACUUGUUAUUAAAGCAGAUGCCCGGGUUCAGGAACCUAAAGGUGACGAGAUAGUGAGGGUCGUUCCGAGACCAUCGGUUUUGGAAAAUAUGACCUUGGAAGAGAUUAAACAAGUGUUCUCUCAACUCCCCGAGGCUCUGAGCCUGCUUUCCCUAGCAAGGACUGCCGAUGGUACUCGAGCUCGUUAUUCUAGACUUUACAGAACUUUGGCCAUGAAAGUUCCCUCAUUGAGGGAUCUAGUUGGCGAGCUUGAAAAGGGGGGAGUACUGAAAGAUGUGAGGUCUUGAGUGCAAGAUUGUGUUGUGAAGUUGUGUUAGAUUCCACUUAUGCGAGCUCUGUGUUUAUAUAAUUUUGGGGGGUUUGUUGAAACAGUUUGUUAUUAUGUAAUUCAUGGCAUGCUCUGCCUGGCCGACAUUAUCUUUGUAUUUGCAACUGCUCUCUCCAUAAUGAACAUGCAUUGUCUACACCUUUUUUUAGGCAA